AUGUUAUUCCUCAUUUUAAUCAAUUUGACUUUUGCUUGUGAAUAUGAAUCAACGUAUGCAAAUAUCACAGAUAUCAACUCCCUCAUUCCAAUCAAUCACAUCAUCUAAUAGUUAUCCAAAACCUAAACUUUAUAAGACACACUAGAAUUGACCAACAUCACUAUCUACACACAUCAUAUCAAUCAUUCAUACACUAAUAUCGGACAAAUCACUAUCUACCUUAAAUAAGCCAUCUCAUACGCCUUUACAAAUAAUACAUUCCAAUCAAUUGGAUAAGCAAUUCUCCAAGAUGUUUAAUUUAAUAUGAAAUUAUCAUUCAACACAUAAACCAAUACUUUUGAAUCUAAUUCCAUAUAGUACAAUUCACCAACACAAUUCAGUUUUAUUGGUUUGUAUAAUUACUACUAAUACUAUUAAUCCUUAGUAUCUCUACUAGUUGCUUAAAUCCCCCCUUAGCUUAAUCAACUAUUUAACGCCAUUUAAUUUUAAUUUCAACCUAUUUUUCCAGAUUAUACUUAUACAUACAAAAAUAUGAAUGGAUAAUCAUUAGAAAUUGACUUCACUUAUCAAUCAAAUAACAUUCAAAAUCAAAAUUAUCAAAUUACUCUUGCCGGAUAGUUAAUAAUCAAGAAUUACAACAACAAUAUUUGUGUUUAAACUUAAUUACCCAUCAAUAGCAAUCAAUAUCAAUAAUUGGAAUUAUUUUCUACUUCAAUCAUUUAAUCAAUUAUACAGUAUUCUUACAAUUAAAACUAUUUCAAUAUUGAAUUGAACAACAACUGGAAGAGUGCCGAUUUUCAAUUUUUAAUUGGAUCCUUUCAAAAUAUUUUAUAUAAUUUAGAAAAGGUUAAUCCAAUUACUCCAGUGACUGGAUGGUGCAAUCUUACUAAAAUUCCUGUGUAUAAUCCACUAAAUAUAACACUUAAUUAUGAAUGCAAUUUUUACUUCUCAGAGGAUAAUAUAAAAUUGUUGACUUUGAAUUUAGCUGUAGUUCUAAAUCUUAAUUUUUAUUAAGUAUUAUCACAGAUUGAAGUUGUUUGUACAUCGUACAGGUUUUAAUUGGAUGAUGUAAUUUAAUCCUUCAAUGAGAAAUAUCCACCUAAGUCACAAUUUUUAUCAUUAGCAAAUCUAUAUAUAAAAACUAUCUUGAAUGCUCAUGUUAAAGAUCAUCCACUUUUUGGAUCUGGAUUUUAGACAAUCCCAAGAUAGAGUCCCAAUAUCACAAUAAAUAAUGAUUAUUUGAUGAUUUAUUAAAAGAAGUGA